GCAUGGUUUGAAUGUCUUUAACCCUAGCUGUUCCUCUCUGAAAACCGCCAUCAUUCCUGCAAUUAUUUCUUCUUCAUUAACAUUCUUUGGAUUUAUAUUACGAACAAAACCCUGAAAACCUACUUCUCACCAAACUCAAAUUCUCCUUCAAUUCCACAAAACCUUCACCCGUAUUCUAAAUUCUAAUUUAUAACCAUGGCUGCUAAAAUCCUUGCAAAUUUGAUUGUAAUGGGCUCUGGAAUAUUGGUCAGGGGAAUGGUUCAAGCAUAUCGUCAGGCUCUUCAGAAUGCCUCAAAGACAGGCGUUGCUCAAGAAACAUUAGAAACCGUGCGUAGAGGAAGCAAAGUUAUGACCCAACAAGAGGCCCGACAAAUUCUUGGUGUCACCGAGCAGUCAUCUUGGGAAGAAAUUGCACAGAAAUAUGAUAAUUUGUUUGAACGGAAUGCGACGAACGGGAGUUUUUAUCUGCAGUCAAAGGUUCACAGGGCUAAGGAAUGCCUGGAGACUGUUCAUCAAGUGAAAGAUCAGCCAGGUGGUCCUGUGGGUUGACUUUGACUUUGACUUUCUUUGACAUAAAGACUUUUUAUCAAAACAUUUGUAGUUUGAUAGAUGCUCAGGGAAUGAGUUUUUGUAUUAACGGAUCGUGCUCUUUAUAAAAGCGCGUUAUUGGCCAUCUUCUCAUGUCGUAUGAGUAUGACUACGACGAGCAGCUAGUGACUUCAAAAUAGCGACUAUUUAUGUUUUCCAAAA